AUGUCAGACUCAUCAGGCACCACCGACCCCACCCAGCAGCUGUCCGCCUCCCAGCGUGAAGCUCUGGAGCAGUUCACAGCAGUCACUGCCCAAGCUCCCCCAGAGGCCAUUCCCCUUCUACAGCGGUCACAAUGGAACGUCCAGAUCGCAAUCGCAAAGUUCUUUGACGGCGAGACCGCCGACCCCGUCGCCGAAGCUCUCGCCGCUCAGGCAGCAGCCCCGCCUCCCGCCGCCGCACGAACAACCUCCAGAACUCUCGCCACUCCCCCCAAUGCCUUGACCCGCAACAGAUCGGGCAUCACUCCCGCGCCCCGAAUAGUGCCGCAGCCGACGUCGGUGUCACGGCGGCCGCCGUUCCUCCUGGCACUCUUAAUAUUCCCGUUCUCGAUGCUCUGGCGCGUCGGUAACUCGUUCCUCACCCUCUUCUACACGCUCUUCCCCUUCCUGGCGCGCUUCCGACCCGCCACCCGCACCGCCCGGGCCCGCCGCUCUCAAACACCGCGGGACACCGCCGCUCGCUUCAUCCGCCUCUUUGAGGAGGAGUACGGCGCCGAUACCGGUCUCCCAUUCUUUGAGGGCGGAUACGCCCAGGCCCUCGAGCUCGCAAAGAAGGAGCUCCGCUUCCUCCUCGUCGUCCUCCAGUCCGACGAGCACGACGACACAACCUCGUUCAACCGCGACACACUCACCAACCCGGAGGUCGUCCGCUUCAUCAACGAUCACAGAAUCAUCCUGUGGGCGGGCAGUGUCCAGGACUCGGAAGCCUACCAGGUCUCGACAGCGCUGGCAUGCACAAAAUUCCCCUUCGCAGCGCUGAUCGCAAUGACACCAGCGUCGGGCUCCAACUCCCAGGGAAUGUCAGUCGUGACUCGCUGUGCAGGACCUACGCUGUCGGCGGCGCUCAUAACAAAGAUGACAACGGCCAUCAACACCCACGCCGAGUCCCUCGACCGCCUCCGUGCCCAGCGCGCAGUCCACGAAGCCGACCGCGCAAUCCGCGAGCAGCAAAACAGCGCCUACGAAGCCUCCCUCGCCGCCGACCGCGAGCGCGCCCGCGCCCGUAAGGAAGCCGCCGAAGCCGCCGCGCGGGAAGCCGAGGCCGCGCGCAAAGCCGCCGAGGAAGCCGAGGCGCUGGAGCGCAACAGAGAGGCGUGGAGGAAGUGGCGCGCGUCGCUGCUCCCGGAGGAGCCGGAGGCUGGGCCCGAGACGGCGAGGGUGUCGAUCCGCAUGGGUGAUGGCGAGAGGCUGGUGAGGCGGUUUGGGGCCGGCGCGGACGUGGAGGAGGUGUAUGCGUUUGUGGACUGUCUGGGCGUGGAGCUGGACGAGAAGGUUGUGGCACCGCCGGAGGGGUAUGCGCAUGAGUGGGGGUUUAGGCUGGUUAGUCUUAUGCCGCGGCAGGUGCUGGAGGCGCAGGGGAAGGUGAGGGAUGGGAUGUUGUGGCCGAGUGCGAAUUUGGUGGUGGAGAGCUUGGCGGAUGAUAGUGAUGAUGAUGAUGAGUAG